CAAGCAAGUGUGUGUUGAGUUGAUACAAUCGUUUCGACACGUCGCGUUUCAUAUAUCAUACGCGUAAAGAAAAAGCGCAACAGCUGUGAUAUUCAAAAUAUACAUUUUUCUGAAUCGUUUGUAAAAAAAAGGUUGACGAUAAUAUUUGAACAGUACAUUAUAGCACAGUAGAUUAGUUAAUUGAAGCGGAUUUCUUAAGUUUUAUGUUUUACAUCUGCAGAUUGAUUGUUCGAUACGCUAUCUUAUCGUCGUUUGAAUAGUAACAAUACCAUUUAAUCAUUCAAAAUGCGAAAGCUGCGAGGCGGACAAACUCGCGAAACCCGCAAACAGAAGCAGGAGCGUCGAGAGGAGAAUAUGAAAAUUCAACAGCAGUUGAAAACAAUUGUGCUUCCCACUUGUGGAGUCAUAUUUCUGUGUAUAGUGGUUUAUGUAUUUUUAAAAACACGCCCACGCUUUGAAGAAUUGUGAGAAAUACGCUAAUUCCAGCACUGUUUUCAAAUUUUCCUGCAAUACUACAUAAAAUCUAUUGAAUGCUUUAUGUUUUACUACGUUAGUAACUUCUUUAUAGUUUUCUAUAUAUUUUGACAUUUUGUCAUAUUGUUCCCAGUUGUCAAAUAAACAAAAAACAGCAUUUAACUAAAUAAUAUAUAAGCGUAAAUGUACGUUCUAGUGUACAAAAUGAUGCACCCUUGCGGUAUAUUAUAGUGACAAAACAAAUAUAUUUGAAUUGUCGACAAGUGAUCAAA